GCAGUGAGGGGAGGGGAAGCUUGCCUGAUGCCCAUAUUGGCCCUUCGGCCUCAGCCAGGCCCCGUCUUGGGUCUAGCCAAAGGUCGUUUGUCCUUGGAACAACCCCUGGCCGGCGUGAGGGGAUAGGCGAGGGGGGUGGGGCCACCGGAGCCUCCUCUGUCAUUAACACGGAGUCCCCCAGAUGUGGUUCCCAGACCAUGACCACCAAUCCCCCCAAAAUCUGGUGACUGCCCUAGACAUGUGGUUCCCAGCAUGGCCUUGAUCGUUGGACUGAGCCCGGAGACCGCCCAGGAAGGCAGAGUAGGAGAGGUUCUCAUCCACAAUUACUCCUGACAGAAAUACAGGAGAGCACUAAACCGAGCAGAGAUGACAACCUCCAAGGAAAAGUUACAGUGAGCCUUUCUUCCAAGCCAGCAGGGCGCAGGAGACUGGAGACAGGGACCAGCUAGGAGAAUAUCAUGCUUUGGGUACACUGAAAGUUUACAGAUAUCUAGCCUGAAUAAAAAAGCUAGUACAAGGAGAAAGCAAGUACAGGACCCAAAAAUAUAAUGAAAAGGACACAAACAUCCCUUCCAGAAGUUCAUAGAACCUGACACUAACACAAACUACUAAAUAAAGAAAUAAAGCUGGAAGCAUGGGCAAAAAAAAAGGUUCCCAGUAUAAAGAAAAAUCAUAGGUCUCCUAAGGACACAAACUCAGCAGUGAAUGACUCCAAAACAUCAGUAAGCAAAGCAUCAAAAACAAGCCUUGGUUUUAAGGUCAACCAGAGUUCCUAGAAGAAAUUUAGAAAGUGAAAAAAAAAAUAAUUGAAGAGAGUGCUUGAGAAAAGAAUUGGAAAAAAUGAGAACAAUGGGAAAAGACUUGGAAGAUUAACUGCUUAGCACUGGAUAUAUAAAACCUUACCCAAGAAACAGACUCCUUGAAACUUAAAAUGACCAAACAAAUGACUUCAUGAGACACACACCUGCCAUGUUUGACCGGGCCCUCAAACCCUUUCUUCAAAGUGCCCACCUACAGCCUCUGAAGGACCCAGUGGACCAGUGCGUAGCCUACCACUUCACCCAACUCCAGAAGAACCUUCCAGAGCAGAAGAUAGACUUCAUCACAGACUAUGACAUGCACCCGAACCGGCGCCCAAAACUCCUGGCUCAGACAGCUGCCCACGUGGCAGGGGCUGCCUACUACUACCGGCGACAAGAUGUGGGAUCUGACCCCUGGGGAAACAAGAAGAUAGCUGGUGUGUGCAUCCACCCCCGUUAUGGGGGCUGGUUUGCCAUACGGGGGGUGGUGCUGCUUCCAGGGGUAGAGGUGCCGGACCUGCCACCCCUAGCACCCCCUGACUGUGUGCCCACCCAAGAGGGACGAAUUGCUCUGUUGGAGAGCUUCAACUUCCACUGGAAAGACUGGACUUAUCGUGAUGUUGUGGUCCCUGUGGAACGCUACUCUGAAGAGCAAAAGACCUACUUCUCCACUCCACCUGCCCAGCGACUUCACCUGCUGAGGCUACUCCAGGACACCCCCCUAGACCCCCACAAGCCUUUGGAGGUUCAGCCCAAAGAGACAGUGGACCCAAACUGGGUCGGGCAUUUGGUUGCCCCUAGGAUUUUUGCACCUGUACCACAGGGGACCUAGUCCAGGUCCCUUUUCUAGCCUGAGCUGCACAAAGUUGGGGUUUUUUGGGUAUGGAGAAUGAGGACCAAAGAAGGGAUAGGCAGAACUUGGUUUUAAGAGAUCCUAGGAAACUAUUCUGGUAGCAGCUGAGAUGGGACAGGGCAGGAAGUUCCUGAGCCUCCAAGCCCUUUUACUACUGAUCCUCAAGGUUCCCAUAUGUAAGGGUGGUGGUGGUCAUGAGCUUGACUUUACUUUCCCUCAAGGAAGGAAUAGGAGACCCCCUGGAUAAGGAUUGAAAUGCUUUAGGAAUGGGCAUAUACUUUCUCCAGCCAUUUUAAUCCCUUCCCUCCACCAGAAUCCUGCUUUAGAGCAGUUAUUUCAAAAAGGGGCAGUUGAGCCAGGCCAUUCCUUAAUCUUAGUUAUUUGAGUGCUCUGGGAACAGGCCCUCCCUAGACCACAGUUCAGAGACAGGGCUGACUUUAGCAGUCCUGAUUGUGUGCUAAACUCUGAGGAUGAGACCUGAUUAACACCUCAUCCAUAAGAGAACUUCCCCAUCAGCAAGAAUCUCAUUUUGUCUGGUGGCCUCCCAAGUUCCUGCUAUACCUGCACUGUCUUUGGAAAAGGGUCUUGCUUGGAUAGUGAUCUUCCCCGAGUUCUGAGGAAGGUCCCUGAGGCAAACCAUUGUGGAACCCAUGACAGUGGCCUUGACUUUAGAAGGAGCCAUCCCUAUCCCAAGGUCACAGGGCAAAGAACAUGAGCUUGAGUCUACAGCUCAGCCCAUUUCUGAGUCCUGGAAAACAACACUGCUAAUGGUACUUACCUCACAGUUGAGUAUCAAAUAAUACAUGUGCUUUGUAGCUUUUAAAAA